CAGCUCUGAUGCUAAUUUUUGGACACAUAUCUGUUUAUACCAAUGGCUUGUGUUUUCGUAUGUCAUUACUUUGAAAAAGUUAAUUCUUUUUGUUAAGUGGAAUUGUAAUUAUUUAAAAAAUUGUGAGAUGAUUUUAUAUUCAAAUGCUACGUGCAAAUGCUAUGCAGCAUAUAUGUAGUAUUCUAUUACAAUGGGCGAGAAAAGAAUUUAUUAAAAAGCAGUGUAAUAUGUAUAAUAUGGAUUCACAGCUCCCAGAUAGGCAGCAAUGGAUGCACACGUACUCAUAUCGAGAGAGUUAAUUGUAAUACUAUAUACGAAAACAGGUGAUGGGGAGGUGAAAUUCAUACGGAGCCAAAAAAAGAAUGCCCAGCUAGUCUACAAUGGUUACAUAUACAACAAAAAACUUACCCAGGCCAAUGGACAAACAACGUGGCGUUGCAUUGACUUUCUAAAGUUGCGAUGCAAAGCAGUUGUCAUUACAAAAAAGAAUAUAUUGGUCGCAGCGCGACGUUCUCACAGUCAUGAAGAUCACGUGCAACGUAUAGGUCAACGGCCACUGUAUAAUAUAGAGGAAGACCUUGGCGAAUACAUUGAAAUUAAACCUGAAGACCCGAAACUAGCUGACUUCAUGAGUGUCUCAAAUAUUGAGAUAUGCCCCCAAAAGAGUGGCAAGGAGUAUAAGCUAUUCGUCCCGACUCCAGCAGUACGAGCUACCACAACAAUAUGGCCGCAAUAAGAUAAAAUAUCUCUUACAUAUGAACAUAUAAAAAAAAAUCAAUGAAGCUUAAAAGAAUAAAAUAUAAAAAUAAUUUAUGUACUAUAUCA